AUGGCGGCGCUGCUGGAGCACGAGAGCCAGAUCUUCCUGGAGCUGUUCCACCGCGACGGGCUCGUCGUGUGCGCCCGCGGGCUCGGCAUCGACCGCCUGCUGCUGCGCUUCCUGCGCCUCUACUGCGAGCCCGCCAACCUCGUGCUCGUGCUCAACACCAGCCCCGCCGAGGAGGAGUAUUUUAUUGAUCAGCUGAGGUCAGAUGGAGUUGUUCAUCUCCCUCGACGCGUUACCAAUGAAAUUGCAAAUAAUACUCGGUAUGAAUUUUAUACACAAGGAGGAGUCAUCUUUGCAACAAGUCGGAUCCUUGUGGUAGAUUUCCUCACUGACAGAAUUCCUGCCAAUCUCAUUACCGGCAUUUUGGUGUACAAAGCACACAGAAUCAUUGAGUCUUGUCAGGAAGCGUUCAUCUUGCGACUUUAUCGCCAGAAGAACAAGCAAGGCUUCAUUAAAGCUUUUACAGAUAAUGCAGUUGCAUUUAACACUGGCUUUUGUCAUGUGGAAAGAGUAAUGAAAAAUCUUUUUGUUGGGAAGCUUUAUCUGUGGCCAAGAUUUCAUAUAGCAGUGCACUCCUUUUUAGAGAAGCAUAAACCUGAAGUGGUGGAAAUACAUGUGGCAAUGACCCCUGCUAUGCUUGCUAUCCAGACUGCAAUCCUGGACAUUCUGAAUGCAUGUCUGAGGGAACUCAAACGUUACAACCCAGCUCUUGAAGUAGAAGAUCUAUCUUUAGAGAAUGCUAUUGCUAAACCUUUCGACAAGACAAUACGUCACUAUUUAGAUCCUCUCUGGCAUCAGCUUGGAGCUAAGACCAAGUCUUUGGUCCAGGAUUUGAAGGUCCUUCGUACUUUGCUACUGUAUCUAACCCAGUAUGAUUGUGUCACUUUCCUUAACCUCCUGGAGUCACUGAAAGCAAGUGAAAAAGCUUUUGGUGAGAAUUCAGGCUGGCUGUUCCUUGACUCCAGUACUUCAAUGUUUGUGAAUGCUCGAGCUCGAGUUUAUCGCAUUGCAGAUGAGAAACUGAAUCAGAAAGGCAAAGGCUCAGGCUCUGAAAAACGUGAAGUAAAGAAGGAAACUGAACUGAAAAGGGAAUUGGUUCUAGAAAGUAACCCAAAAUGGGAAGCUUUGAGAGAAGUACUGAAAGAGAUUGAAAAUGAGAAUAAGAACAGUGACAACCUUGGUGGUCCAGGGCAAGUGCUCAUUUGUGCCAGUGAUGACCGAGCCUGUGCACAGCUCAGGGAGUAUAUUAUUGCUGGAGCAGAAGCUUUUUUAACAAGACUAUAUAACAAAACCUUCGGAAAGGACGAGAAAGCUGGAGAAGUGUGGAUUAAGGACAGAAAAGUCAUUAAGUCCAAAGGAAAUGCCAAACCAGACACAGGGCCUCAAGUCAAAAAAGCCAAACUCACUGCUUCUUCAAAACAAAAUAAACACAAGAAGCAGCAAGACCGGACUAUAAUCCAAAUGAUAGGGAAAACUGAAGAGGAAAAAAGAGAGGAAUUUGAGGUGGGAGACAACAAAGAAUUAAGUGAUAGCCAAGAAGGCAACACGGAAGAGACCAUUCCUGAAGAUUUUGAUGUGAACUUGCCCUCAGAUUGUUACUAUGGGAUUUUCAAGGACCCGCUGACAAUUAUCCACCCGCUGCAGGGGUGUGGGGAUCCCUACGCGCUCACUCGGGUGCUGCAUGAAGUGGAACCCAGAUAUGUUGUGUUGUAUGAUGCAGAACUCACUUUUGUUCGGCAGCUGGAAAUCUACAAGGCGAGCAGGCCCGGGAAGCCUUUGAGAGUUUAUUUCCUCAUAUAUGGGGGCUCCACAGAAGAGCAGCGCUACCUCACAGCUCUGAGGAAAGAGAAGGAGGCCUUUGAAAAACUCAUUCGAGAGAAGGCCAGCAUGGUUGUUCCUGAAGAAAGAGAAGGAAGAGAUGAAACAAACUUAGACCUCCUCAGAGAUGCUAGACCUGCCUCUGUCUCUGCUGACACGCGCAAAGCAGGUGGACAGGAACAGAAGGGUGUUCAGCAAACCAUAAUUGUGGAUAUGAGGGAAUUCCGUAGUGAGCUUCCAUCACUGAUCCAUCGCCGUGGGAUAGACAUUGAGCCUGUGACUUUGGAGGUUGGGGAUUAUAUUCUGACCCCGGACAUCUGUGUGGAGCGGAAGAGCAUCAGCGAUCUCAUUGGUUCCUUGAACAAUGGCAGGCUGUACUCACAGUGCGUGUCCAUGUGCCGCUACUACAAGCGGCCGGUUCUCCUCAUUGAAUUUGAUCCUAACAAAUCCUUCUCCUUGAUCCCACGUGGCUCUUUACAGCCAGAAAUUUCCAGUAAUGAUGUUACUUCUAAACUAACCCUCCUCACACUGCACUUCCCAAAGUUACGAAUCCUGUGGUGUCCCUCUCCGCACGCUACUGCUGAACUGUUUGAAGAAUUAAAACAAAACCAUCCCCAACCCGACGCAGAAACAGCGAUGGCCAUCACCGCAGAUUCCGAAAUUCUCCCUCAGUCAGACAAGUAUAACCCUGGGCCUCAGGACUUCCUGCUAAAAAUGCCAGGGGUUAAUGCAAAAAAUUGUCGUGCCUUAAUGACCCAUGUUAAAAGCAUCGCAGAGCUGGUGACACUGUCCAAGGACGAGCUAGCCAAGAUUUUGGGUAAUGCUACCAGUGCCACACAGCUCUUUGACUUUAUUCACCUGACCUGUGCAGAGGCACUAGCCAAAGGAAAAAGCAAAAGAUGA